ACUUCGUGGGUACAAGUUAAUUCCUUUUUAUGCACUUUUAAAUUGGCGUUAAUAACACCAGUCAUUAUAUACUAAAUUCAAUUAUAAUAAUUUUGAAGGCUUUUUAAACACUUUUGUAUAAUUUUAAAAUUACUACGAUGCAUGCAAAAGCAAUAUUUGUGUUAUGUUUAAUAAUUUGUUGUUUAAAACUAACACAUUCUGAAUUAAAAGACUCACAGAAGGCAGCGUUAUAUGAAGUAUUCGUGAACGAGUUUAAGGAACUCGAAGAACUGGAAAAAGUCAAUUCAAAAUUGUACAUUGAAAAGACUGGAGAAAUUAGUAAUAAGCGUUUACGAAUAUGGGAUCACUUACAAGGUUUUGACCCAAAGACUGAAGUCCAUGUAAAAUAUGACGCAAAGACAAUUGCCGAAGAUAAUGCGUACUUGAAAGAGAUUGCGAAAAAAGCUAAUAAGAUAUUGCGAGAAAACAAUCCCCAAUUACGUUACGAAGAUGAGAUUAGUCUUCCUUUGUUGGUUCCAACCUCAGCUAAGAACGUUACCGAAGAAAUUGCGAACCUGAAGGAGGUUGAGGAAAUUGACCAACCGAUGAAUUAUGAAAAGCAACCUGACACCGAUGCCUCAGAAGGUGCUAAUGUGAAAAAAGAAGAUGAUGUUGCGCAGGAUAAGAAUGAACAACCCAAUGCACCAGAGAAAAAACGAAAAAGUAACUGUCUUUCAAAACUACUUUGUGGCCGCCAUAAGGAGUAAUCGGAUACAAGCAUACACAUAAUAAGUUGUUUAAUUAAUAAAUAUAUACCUAUCUGAUAACCGGUUUAAGAAUGCAUUAAACCUACCUAAACAAAAAUAAAAAAUUGUGAAAAUUGUAUAACAUUUAAAUUACUAAUAAAGAUAUGGUUAUUAAAUAAUUGUUAAAAUGUACUACAGUAUUGUAUCAUACAUUCAAUUUCCUUUAUAUUAUUGUUAUUAUAUAGUUAUUUAAAAAUUAUUUCUCACUCCUUUACAUUUAUUUAUCUUUUAU